AUGGAAUCCUGGCAAGACGAGGCCACUCUGCCGCCGCCCUACGAAGAAGAUUCGACACGACCAGACGCCGCCACGACGAAAGCACGGCCGGAGACGCUCUUCGUCGCCCAGCGCUUCAUUCACGCCGGCAGCGCGGAUGGCCCGGCAGUGUACGAGCUCUCCCACCACAUCGACUACGUGACCAAUACCGACCACAAAGUCGUGAUGCAAAAGGUCACCCGCUCUUUACGAGACUCGACGGGCACGCCCUCGAUCCGCACGCGCCUGCGCCCCAUGUACGACCUCACACACCGCACCAUCGCCGAGCUGCCCAACUACUCCUUCCAGGCCGAGGCCCAAUCGCGCUCGGCGCCGCCGCACAUGGGCAUCCUGCGCGUCGGCCACGGCAUCCGAAGCAGCGGCAGGCGGCGCUAUCACAUCCUGCGAACCCAGUGGGGGGACGACAACCGUCUCCAAAAGAGCGACGACGUGCUCUUCGACGUCAGCCAGACGAGGACCGCGGACAAGGCCGGCGUCCUAUGGGAGUGGUCCGACGGCAAGGGCAACAUGCUCGCCCGCGAGCUGCUGAGCGACGACGGCGUCCUGAGCCUCGCCGUGACGGCCGAAAUGAGCUGCCGCAGAAGGGAUGCCCUGGCCGCAGCCUGGGUGAUGCGCAUAUGGUGGGAGGUCGCGGAGAGCGGCCCUACGAAAGAAGGUCUACGCAGCAGAGCAAAGCGAAUCAUGUCCACCACGAACCCGGACAUCAAGAACAUACGGCGGAAGGGGCUGUAUAGUUUCUGA